AUAAAAGCGCUGCAGCGGACCUCGGAACUGCGCCACUUGAAUCCGGUUACCUCUGGGUAGGUGGCUGGGUGAAGCUGCUCUUUCUGGUAGCUUCGGGUCGCUUAGCGGCUCUGGAAGCGCCAGCCCUUUUUUCCUGCAGGGUAACCCGACUGAAAGGCCGAUUCCGCAGCUGAAGACGUUGCAACAGCUGCUGGCCAGCAGCAGAUCGCAGCAGCUCAUCAAAGCAGAAAUCUGACUUGAAUUCGGUGGGCAGCUGUAUUGUUAGAGCUGGUCUUGAUGUCCUGAGCUCCAGGAUCUCUGAGCCCCUGUGGACCGAGAUCUACCGUACGCUGGAGGCCAGCUUUCUCCUGGAAGGACACAGGUUGCAGAGGCCGGAAAUACAGACUCACUCCAGUGUCCUAGCUACCCCCUACUGAGAUUGGAGACUGCUGCGUGACUGAAGAUAAAGCGAUUUUUCUAAAACGCCCUGUGCAUCACAUAUUAAGAUAUCCUAUCGCCGUUGUCAGGCAUGACUAGCAUCCUUGCUCGUUUGGGUCACAUCCGGGGGCAGAACCCACCCUUGCCCCCUUGGGCUCAUUCCAUGCUUAGGUCCCUGGGCAGGAGUAUCGGUCCGUUAAUGGCCAGCAUGGCAGAGAGAAACAUGAGGUUUUUCUCUGGGAGGGCAGAGCUAGCCCAGGGAGAAGAAACCUUUGAAAACUGGCUGAGCCAAGUCACUGGGGUCCUGCCUGAUUGGCAUAUGUCUGAGGAGGAGAAGGUCGGGCGCCUAAUGAAAACCCUUAUGGGCCCUGCUCGUGAGGUCAUGCGUUUACUUCAUGAUGGCCCAAUCCCAGCCUAACUUGUGGUAGAAUUUUUGGCAGGCGAUGAAAACUGGUCUUUGGGACAGACUGAGAGCAGUGUGAGGCAGGCCGGCUAUGGUAAAUGUUUAAACACUGUUUCAAGACACUUGGAGAGAAACCAUCCAUGUUUAUGAUACCGUUGGGAGGCGGGCAGAUUGCAGAAGUGCUAUCCCAAGGCAGGGGUCUUUGCUGAGGCGGAGGGGCAUAACAGAAGCACGGGAAGGCGUGCAAGGCGCAGGCUCCUGGUAGAGGGCUGAGCUCAGUAGUGACCGCUUCGACGCAGGCUUAAGGGGCUUCUCAGGAUCUAUGCAAAUGAGCCAGAGGAGCGCGUCCCCGAGUUCCUGGAGCUAAUAUCAGGGAUGAUAAGGGAGGAGGAGGAAUGGGAGGACACUUUAAUUAAACAGAAGUGCGGCCCACGAAAGAUCGAAGUACAGGUGUUGGAGUAGGGCUACCCAGUGCCACAGUGGUCAUUUCAGGCCCGGCCCCAUCCGAAUACUGAUCAACAAUAAUGACUCGCAAUGUGAUAGGAGAUAGAAGACUCUCAGGAUGAUUCAGAUGAGGAUGUGAUCUUGGUGGAGCCCGAGGACCCACCACUGCCGUCCUCAAGUGCCGCCCCCUUCGUAGGCAGGGCUAUAUCCGAGGACCAAGUGCUGGUCAUUGAGUCCCCCGACAUUUCUGAGAUUCAGUCUCCUUCCACCAGCAGUGGUUCUGGGCGUCCGAACAAUAGUUUUGUGGAGCUGCGUAGAACCAGGAAGCGAAAACACGCACUUCACUGCUCCAUUUGUGGCGAGGAGGGCCACACCAGAGAAACGUGUGAGGCCCAAAGAGCCCAGGUUUAUGAGAAUCUGGUCUUCAACCUGCAGGAGGUGGCACACAAUGGGGAACAGAGGCCAAGAGAGGCCAUUUUAGGACCCUUUUUCUUCUAUGAACCACAGUAAGAUGCUCUCCUCCAGCCUCGAAUUAACCCUUACCUGUAUUCAGAGUUCAAUGAUGGAAAAGUUGGGGGGGGGACAGACUUCUAAAUACAUGAAGAAAUCCACAAAGUGGCUUUCUUUUGGGGGUGGAGAGAAGGAUCUUCAACACCAGGACAGGUAGAGAGAAAUGGGCCUGAUCUAUGUAUGGGUCGUGUUCCCUUUCCCCACUGCCUGAAUCUACUUUCUGUGUGCACGAUCCCCUUGGUGAACUUAUUCGUCUCUUUGUGAAAAUGCUAUUGUCCUCUGCUCAAAUCGUCAAGUAAGAAAGAAAAGCUAUUUAAC